AUGCGCACGAUAGCACGCAGUAUACAGCCUCUAUGCGCGCCAUUUCUACAUCCAAAGCAUACCACGAGGACACAGUUUGCAAACUCAGUACAGAGGCCUACAUGCACGCGAUCUUUCCACGCGUCUGCGAACUUGCGUGUUGUCGAUCUCGCAUACAGUCUCCACGAUGAAAAAGGCACCGCGAAAGGAGACCCAAUCGUGAUCAUCCAUGGGCUUUUUGGCAGCAAAAAGAAUAACAGAAGCGUCAGCAAUGCUCUAGCCCGAGCUCUCGACCGUCCUGUCUAUGCCAUCGACACACGCAACCACGGCGACUCCCCGCACGACAAAGUCCACAACUACACCGCCAUCGCCGACGACGUCGAAGCCUUUUUGCAAAAGCACAAUCUCAAAGAUGCAACCCUCAUCGGCCACUCUAUGGGCGCAAAGACGGUCAUGACUAUGGCCCUCCGCAACCCAGAUUGCUGCGCAAACAUCAUCCCCGUCGACAACGCGCCCGUCGACGCCGCUCUGUCCAGCGACUUCCCCAAGUACGCCGAAGGCAUGCAGCGCGUCGAAGCCGCCAAACCCAAAACCCAAAAAGAAGCGGAUGCCAUCUUACAACCCUAUGCCAAGGACCUACCCGUCCGCCAAUUCUUACUCACAAAUUUGAUCCGCCCCGCGCCAUCUGAGCCGCUCAAAUUCCGCAUUCCAGUCAAGAUUCUGACGGAUGCGCUGAACAGCAUGGCAGAUUUCCCAUUUACGGAUCCGGAUGCGAAUAGGUUUGGGAAGAGGGCGCUGUUUAUUCGGGGGACGAGGAGUCAUUAUGUCAGUGAUGAGACAUUGCCGAUUGUUGGGAGGUUCUUCCCUAGGUUUGAGCUUGUGGAUAUUGAGGCGGGGCAUUGGGUGAUUAGUGAGAAGCCUGAGGAAUUUAUCAAAGAAGUUGUGGAGUUCUUGCAGGAGAAGGACGAAUAGAGCGCGUGACUGCAAAGUCUCAUAAACCCAGGCCUGGAAAAGAAGUUGCAUCCAAAUCUUCGAGAGUAUCAGCUGGCCUUGUGCAUAAUCUCUGGCCUUACAAAUGUGGGCUCACAUUAGUCUGCGUCAACUAUGCGUAUCAGCUCCUAG